AUGUCCCAUAUAUCUAAUUUGUUAAAAAAUUCCAGGAUAGCACAAGUGGCAAAGACGGACAAGCCAUUGUUUCGUCCAGGUAACUCUUCUCAUCCAACUCAUCAAGUGAUUGAGACCAAGCCAUCCUCCUUAUAUCGUCAGGAAUGGGGUUUGAAGGCAAGCAUUCCAUCGAAAAUCAAGACCAGAUAUUUGGUUUACAACGAUUUGGACACCCAACAAAGACUAACGACUUUUGAACCAAUGGGUCAAUACCAGUGGAACAGAAUCAGAUUCCAAGAAAUGGGGUUAGCCCCUCGUUACGUUGAAGAAGAAUCCAAUCCUCUAUUCAAUGGGAAAACCAAGAGGGCCGGAAAAUACGCGCCAUUCAGCAAUGCUGUGAACAUUGCUCAUAACACUGCGCCUUCUGAAAAGACAAGAAAGUUGAAAGAAAUUGACCAACACAGAUCAGAAUUCAAGAAGUGGCUGUUAGAGAAACACCCGGAUUCCAUUGCUGGUGUUAGAAAUGAAAACACCAGACCUUUGAAGGCUUUAGCUACUGAAUUCUUACAUGAAAAGAUGGGAAAGUUGAAUAUUAAUACAGCAGCUAACUCGGAGUGGCACAUUGUGGGCACCGGUGGUCUAACUUACAACUUGAAAGGUAGACUUAGACAAUCUCCAAAUGGUGUAAAACAAAAGCACGUUGUGCCAGGCAGAGUUUUAUCUGUCCAGGGACCUGAUCGCGCAGUCGCUGUUGGUGGUUUCAUCGCUGAAGCUAAAUCUGUGGGCCGUAAUCCUCGUGCUCUACAAUACAACAUGGGUGAUUUUGUCAGACAAGAAGUUUUACCAUUUGCCAUUGAAGAUCCAAAGGUAGAAGGGGGUAAUGUAACAUUGUCUGCAUCUUUAGUAGAACCAAGAAAUGACUUCAGUUUUGCUCAGAAGAUCGGCUUAGGUCAAAGCAGAUCACAUUAUACCAGAUCCGAUUCCAGAAACUCUUCAAGAAAAACUGUAAGAUCUGUCACCGCCGAAGAAUCUAGAUCUCAAAGUGAAGAGUUCCUAAACUUAUUAAAGACAACCAUGUAA